GAAGUAUUUAGACCAACCUCCGCGGCCACGGGCAACUUAUUUUCCGUACUUUCCCCACCCCCUCAAACUCUGAACAACUCACUUUUUGCCUCAGUUUGACACAUCUAAACUCUCACAAUGAGCUUCAACAGAGGUCCCGCUUACGGUUUCAGCGCGGAAGUUAGAAACAAGAUUGCCCAGAAAUAUGACCUCCAGAAGGAGGAGGAGCUGAGGAUCUGGAUCGAGGACCUGACUGGCGCCUCCAUUGGCCCUGACUUCCACAAUGGCCUGAAAAAUGGAGUCAUCCUGUGCCAGCUAAUCAACAAACUCCAGCCAGGUUCUGUGAAAACAAUCAACCGCUCAUCACUCAACUGGCACCAGCUGGAAAACUUGACCAACUUCAUCCGAGCGAUCAAAGAGUAUGGCCUGAAGCCCCAUGACACCUUUGAGGCCAACGACGUGUUUGAGAACGGCAACAAGACGCAGCUCCAGACCACGCUGCUGGCGCUGGCGAGCAUGGCCAAGACCCAUGGCAGCCAGUCAAGGUUUGACAUUGGUGUAAAAUAUGCAGACAAGCAGAAGAGGACCUUUGAUGAGGAGAAGAUGAAGGCUGGGCAGUGUGUUAUUGGCCUCCAGAUGGGGACCAACAAGUGUGCCAGCCAGGCAGGUAUGAACGCGUAUGGCACCAGGAGGCAUUUGUAUGACCACAAAAGUCAAAUGCUGGCACCCAUGGACAACUCCACCAUCAGUCUGCAAAUGGGUACCAACAAGGGGGCCAGCCAGGCUGGAAUGACUGCGCCAGGGACAAGACGCAUGAUUUACGACUAUAAGCUGGGAACGGAUAAGUGCGACAACAGCACCAUGUCCCUCCAGAUGGGCUACAGCCAGGGAGCCAAUCAGAGCGGCCAGAACUUCGGCCUGGGCCGGCAGAUCUACGACGCCAAGUACUGUUCCAAGGGCGGUGAAGUCAUGGAUGAAACCAACGGUGCAAGCGGAGCCUACAUCCCAGACUACCAAGAUGAGGGUUACCAGGGUUACCAAGAGGAGGAGCAGGUGUACAGAGAGGACGGGACUGAUUAUUAGAGGGAAGAAAAAGAAGUUUGGCAAAGGGGGAAGAGGGAAAGAUUGUGUAAAUCGAGGCAUGCCCUGUAAAAUGGAAAAAGAAAGAAAAAAAAAAAAAACAACUUAAGGCAGAUGUUUUAGUUUUAUAUCCAAAGGAUGUCACACUGUCUGUGGUUUGUCCUUAUAGUAUUUGAUGAAAUGUACUUUUACCCCCAUGUUUGUUACACACCAGAAUGAACUGUGUUUGUGUAAUUUUAGUUUUAGUUUUGUUGUUGUUGUUGUUGCUAUCUGGAAAGUGACUACAAAAGCCAAGUCCCUUGACUCCUCGUAUGUAGUUUUGUAUCCCAGGGAGCUUUUUUUUUUCCCAAUGUGCCAAAUUUCCUUUUCCCAGUGUAUCAUUAACAUCUUAGUGACAUUAGGGAGAUUUUGAAGGGCACCAUAUUUUUCUUGGAAAUGUGUACUUAAGAUAAAAACAGCCAUUCCUCUAUCAGAACUAAAUUACAGGUGUCUUUUUAGACAGCAGUUUGGAUUUUACAGGCAAAUGAGGGCUUUUGAUCAGUUUGGUUUCCUACAGCCGAGUAUACAUUUCCAUUGAGUGCAUAUCCAGUCCAACUAGUUUGACAAAUGAAGUGGGUGGGGAUUGAACAUUACUCAAUCAAUUUUUUUAACAUUCCAAGUAUGAAUACUGGAUAUAUUUUUUUAUAUCAAAUGAAUCAUUCCUUCCAUGUAUUGAUGUGAAAACCAAUCACUCAAUUGUUUUUAUUUAUAUGUAGUCGUGAAUUAAAUGGAGGGGCCUAUUUUUUUUGUAAUUGUUUUACCAUGACUUUUGAAUAACAUAUACCUGUAGUACUGUGCUUGUUUUGUUUCCCCUCUGGAGUUAUCUUUACUGAUAGCAAAAUAAUUUGAUCCAUAAACGUACCUGCUAAUUUAUCAUGUACACAUAGGAAAAAAAAAAAAGGUCUUAAAUUGAAGUUUGUAUUGGUUUGUCUGAAAGAAUGAGCAGAAUAAUCCUUGAGUUACUAUGAUGCUUUAGUUGUAUCGACGUGUACAGAAUAAAUUGGCUAGUGUAGUUUUUGUUGA